CCCUUUUCAUGCAUUUCCCCUCCUAUAUCGCCAUUAGAUUACCUGCGAUUUAUUCAGACAAGAAAGUAUGCUGAAACUGCUCGUACUUAGCCUUGCCUUGGGGGUUACCUUGGCCGGUGUGCCAGGUGGACGUUCCCCAGCCGAUAUUAACAGCCUUGAUGUCCAGAAAAUUGCAAACUUUGCCGUGACGAAGCUGAACGCUCUCCCCGAGAGGACGUCUACAGUGACUUAUUCCAAAGUCAUCAAGGCUGAACGACAGGUAGUUGCAGGUAUUAACUACUACCUGGAUGUUGAAGUCUUGCAGUCUGGCUGUACCUCAAACUGUAAGAAAGAGAUAUGUGAAAUGACAGUGUUUGACCAAGAGUGGACGAACACCCGCAUUCUCACCAAGGUAAAUUGUCGCGAUGCGACCUCUCGUCGCAAGAGUCUAGUGGGAGGCGUUACCGCCAUAUCUACCGACUCUGCAGAGGUGCUGAAUGCCGCACAGUUUGCCGUGACUUCACUGAAUGCUAGGUCAAACUCCAUGUUUGCCAGUUCUCUGGUUAAGGUCAACUCUGCUACCUCUCAGGUUGUGGCAGGGGUGAAGUACAACCUAGAGAUUGUUGUCGGCCAAACCACGUGUAGGAAUGAGCAAUCGGUCGAUCUGACCCACUGUGCCAUGGACGCUAACAGCCAGUCAAAAGUGUGCCAAAUUUCUGUCCUGUGGCAAGCUUGGAGAAAACCCCAGUACACCCUAGUGGAUGACAUCCAGUGUCAGUAAACCAUGGUGGGGCAC